GAGUCAGUCACCGCUGUCGCUUCAGAGGGAGAACGUGCGCGAUCCUGUCGAGAAGACGUUGACUGAAAUUCCCCUAAAAUGUCCAUGUACAGGAAUACAGUUUGGUUUUUAAAAGGACUGAAGGAAUAUACUAAAAGUGGAUAUGAAGCAGCAAGCAAAGGGUUCAAAGAAUCCGAUUUGGAAGUGGACUGCACCGGCAAGCACUACAUGAUAACAGGUGCCAACAGUGGAAUUGGCAAAUGCAUCGCAACAGAAAUUGCCAAGCGAGGGGGAACUAUCCACAUGGUGUGCCGGAACCCAAAGACAGCGGAGGAGGCCAAGGGAGAAAUCACAGAAGCGUCAAACAAUCAGAACGUCCAUCUACACAUUUUGGAUAUGUCGGUGCUUCAGGAUGUCUAUAAAUUCACACAGACCUUCAUGGAGCAACAUGACCAGCUGCAUGCAUUGGUUAAUAACGCAGGAUGCAUGAUCAACACAAGGGAGGUCACUGACGAAAAUCUUGAGAAAAACUUUGUGACCAACACUCUAAGCACGCACAUUCUUACAACCAACCUCAUUCCACUCCUGAAAAAAAGCGAGAAACCAAGAGUGGUGGUGGUCACGUCUGGAGGAAUGCUGGUGCAGAAGCUCAAUGUCGAUGACCUGCAGUUCGAGAAGAUGAAGCCUUUUGACGGAACAAUGGCUUAUGCCCAGAACAAGAGACAGCAGGUGGUGAUGACAGAGCAGUAUGCCAAGCAAUAUCCAGAUGUUCACUUCUCCUGUAUGCACCCUGGUUGGGCAGACACACCUGCAGUGAGGAAUUCCAUGCCAGAUUUUUACAAUAAGAUGAAGGAUAAGUUACGGAGUCCCAGUCAAGGAGCAGACACAGCUGUGUGGCUCGCCGUGUCACCUGCUGCUUUGGAACAGCAGUCUGGUCUUUUCUUCCAAGAUCGCAGUCCAGCUGCUACUCACCUUCCCUUAGCCUGGACAAAAGUCUGCACCAAAGACGAAGAAAACUUCAUGACUUUUCUGAACGAAUUGGCAGCCAAAUUUAAGGCAUAGGUUACCAAGAUCUUCAGAGCAUCAUUUCCUUUUUUUUUUUUUUUUUUUCCCUCUUCUUUUCUUUUGAUUUCCUUUGUCUUUCUCAUCAUUAUUUUUGUGAAUUAAUAAAGGGGGUAGAGACUUAUUAAGUGUACCAGUACUGUUCUCUUGUCAGCUAGACUUAACUACCUCAUCUAUCAUCAUUUCCAUCUUCAUGCAGCUUACAUUUAUAUAAAUGAAGUUCCUCAUAUUACUUAAGAUUUAAAGAAUGAAAAAAUGCAUGUACAUAAGUAACAUGGAUGUUCUGGAGCAUAAAUAAUUGCUAAAGAUAAUCAAUUACGCAUUCAGAUUUUACUGCCUGAAUAUCCACAGAGUACAAUCUCAGUGCCUCAUAGCCAUUUAUUAAAAAUAAUCUUGCUGUAGGGAGAUUUAAAGAACUAAUCUUUUAGAACUUCCAGAUGAAAAAGAUCCUCUGGGAUCUUAACGCACAUGAGAUCAGAAGUGUUUGUGUGAUUUUACUUGCCAGUCGUGAGUGGUAGAUGGGCACUCAAGGCCAGAACGAUCUUUAAUGAUGUAAUCACACCGUGGAUGUGAAAUUUUCUUAGGCUGUAAUUAUCUAUAUCUUUAUAUUUAUAUAUAUAAAAAUUGAUAUACAUAUAUAGAUAUAAUUCUGCCAAUGAUUUUAUAUGUCAAUUAUAUACUAAGUCUUCAAAUUCUCUAGUUAAUGAUUUAGACACUCACUCCCAGAUAUAGAUCAGAGGCAUAAUAAAAGAUGAAGGAAUAAAGUACACUGUAGAUUGGUCAUUUAACACCCUUAAAUAUGAUUUAACGUCCUCAGAUAUUAAUGAAAUCACAUCUAAGGACUUAAUAAUCAAUGAAUUAUUGUUUUUUGUAGUUUUGAAAUAACUUCCGUGAAAGAUAACCUUGUCUGGUAAAUGUUUCUGAAGAACAUUUAUAUUAUAUAUAUUAAAAUCUUUAUCCGUUUCCUUAAUGGUCAACAUGAUCUUGAUUUCCAAUGAAUUCAGUGGUGACAGGUUUUCCCGCACCAUAUGCAAGGCCUCGUGCAGCACACCAUACAAAGGAGUUGUUCAAAGGAAAAAAAUAGAAGCACAAGGAACAUAUAUUUUUCCACUCAGUGAUUUUGCUGUAGCAUUCACAAUUUCCAGGAAAUGUGGCUUGAAAAGGACUAAGAGCACUUUUGAGGGCUGUAACACCUCAAACAGUUGUUUAUCACACAACUUAGAACAGCAGAAAGUGUUUCUAGCACAAAUGAUGCAUUUCAACAAAUACAUAGAAUAAUCUUCAUUCAUUUUUUUUUUUUUUUUUUUUUUUCUUUUCUUUUCUUUUCUUUCUCUCUCUUUCCCCCCCCCCUCUCUCUCUCUAUAGGCUUGACUUCACAUGGCAUGGCAGUACAUGCCACCUGUCAAAAAGGGUUUUAAUAUUAACAAGGGAAACAAAAUAUUCCAACCUCACCAUCCUAGGUUCAUUUAGCAGAAAGAUUUUAUAUUUUCCCCCCUUUAUACUGAUGUAAUAGGAUUAAAUAUGUAGUUUUGCCCAAUCAUUUUACAUAAGCUACCAUCGUGUGUGCCAGAUAAUCCAGAACUAUGAUGGAAUUCUGCCAGAAUGUAUGAUAAAUAUAUAAAAUGUAUGGAAGAAAAAAAAAGAAAAAAAAAGGCAUGCCACUUACCAGAGGUCAAUUGUAUACAUCUGAUGGUCGUGGCAGAAAAUAGUUCAUGAGGAUGGCAAACAUUGCAUUGUGAACUCCAGAUAGUUUUGAUUUAUAAAAUCAGGCAAUCAGUUUAUCAGUUACAUCUGAGCAGAAUAUUAAUUUACAUUGCCUUUUAACAGGCUUAAUGAAUGGGCAGUUUAUAAAAAUAAAUUUAAAAAUUACCUAGCAUUUUAUAGAGAAGUUUGAAAAGUCUGCUCUGUUGUUUCCUUAUAAACCUAUUUUUCUAGUAACACUUUCUUUAGGUUUCCAAUUAUGCUUUUAUUUAAGCCGAGAGAAGUCCUGCAUGGAAGAAUGAUAGGAAACAAAGUGCUCAAAACUUAACUCAAAUCUCAAAAGUAGGUAGGUCCAACACAAAAAUGUAACUUGUUGUAUAAUCUUACCUGUAUUAGGUCUCCAUUUUAAAGGCCUUAUAUUUAAUGGUAUAAGUUAUAGUUAUCAUGGAAAUUAUUAAGGACCAUUCAGCAAUAUAUCAACCACUUCCACUUGGUGAGGUGAACCAGUCACUCAUUUAAAAAUUGUUAAAUACAGAAUGAAUUGUUAUAUUUGUGAGAGGAAGAUGUAAAUAUUUCUGUCUCCGUGUGUCUGAAUAUAUUGCAGAAUUAAAAUGUAAACUAUAUGCCAAUAAAACCAAAUUAUACAAUCAA